UCUACAAAAUGGCCGCCAUUUGGGACUUUUUUCAACACCGAAAAUACCAUAACCUAAAGUAAAAUCUACAGUCAGAGCCUUAUUUAGCCCUUAAAUAUCCUUUUGAAGUAUUUUCAGGAAGAAACAGCAUGUACAAGUAUAAAGCAAACAAAAGAGGCUCGUCACAACUUCCUCCUAAGAAGAAACUCAAGGUGGAAUUGGAGCCGCCAGUUGCAGUCGUUGACCAUGUUGACCGUCGUGACGCAUUUGAUUUCACGGACUCAAGCAGUGACGAUGAGCGGCCGCCAUCUUUCAGUCUGAAUCGCAGGGCCUCCAGCAAUGAGGCCAUCAGCCCACGCCCAGCCCCAGGCCAGGGCCAGUCCUCCCCCAGAGUGGACAGCCCAAGUGGUAUGGGCAGUCAGCUGGCCAGCCCCACCUACUACAGUGACUUCAGUGACUUCAGGGAGUCCCUGUCGCCCCCCGAGGCCCGGCCCAGGACCAGCCACGGCAACUCAGGCGGACGUUUUUUCCAGUCGGAGUGCCACUCCUCAACGGAAGACUCUGCAUCUGAGAAGGAGGCAUUGCUUUCCUUCUCCCCACCAUCCUGGCAGCAGGACACAGCUAAGGAUGGCAGCUACAUGUACAGCGAUAAAGCACAGAAGAUGAUGGCCAGUAUGGGCUACAGGAAGGGUGAAGGUCUGGGUGUAGGAGGAAAAGGUCGGGUGGACAUCGUGGAGUCAUCCAAACAGAGAGGGAGACGAGGGUUGGGUCAUGUGACUGAGGGGUUUGAGGCCAGCGAUGACCUAGUGUGGGACGAGACAGAGGAGGUUUCAGCUCAUGAAACAUACAAAUGGAUGCCGCCUUGCAACCCUAUAGAUGAGGCAGAACUAGUACAAUGGAGAGACUGGAAAAGAGAAAAGAGAAAAGACUACAUCGAUGAUGAAACCCAUUUCUGUGACCCUGCCAUUUUGAGAAAGCUUUUGGCUGCCAAGUCAGCGUUUGACAAGCUGGAUGACCCUGAGGAGAUGAGGCAUGCCAGAACCCGAUCUAACCCCUUUGAGACAAUCCGGGGAGGCAUUUUCCUCAACAGGGCUGCCAUGAAGAUGGCUAAUAUGGACUACGUCUUCAACUUCAUGUUCACAUCGCCCAGAGACGGGCACGAGAGGCCACUGGUGGGUCACAACGACCUGCUGUAUUUUUGCGACAUCUGUGCGGGCCCCGGCGGUUUCAGCGAGUACGCCCUCUGGCGGCGGAAGCACCGGACGAAGGGCUUUGGCUUCACCAUCAAGGGGCCCAACGACUUCAAGCUGGAGGAGUUCUUUGCCGCAUCGCCGGAGUACUUUGAGCCACAUUACGGUGUGAAUGGUGCUGCUGGGGACGGUGACAUCAUGCGCAGUGAUAACCAGGUUGAAUUCAGGAAGUUUGUCUAUGAGAACACCGACAACAAAGGCGUACACUUUGUCAUGGGAGAUGGGGGGUUUUCAGUGGCCGGUCAAGAGAACAUCCAGGAGGUGCUCAGCAAGCAGUUGCUUCUGUGUCAGUUCCUAGUGGCUCUCUCUGUCCUCAGACCAGGGGGGAGUUUUGUAUGCAAGACCUUUGAUCUCUUCACGCCCUUCAGCGUAGGCUUAAUCUAUCUCCUGUACAGAGCUUUCUACAGAGUUUCCCUGUUCAAGCCAGUCACGAGCAGACCCGCCAACUCAGAAAGGUACAUCAUAUGCAAAGGAAUGCGGGCAGGUGCCAACCUGAUCCAUGAUUACUUGUUUGACCUGAACCGGGUGAUGAACCAGCUGAGGCACAGCAGCGACGACAUCAUGGAGGUCGUGCCUCUUGACGUCAUUAAGGCAGAUGUCCAGUUCACUCAGUACAUCACUGACCAGAAUGAGAGACAAGCCCAAAGCCAAGCCCAGAGUCUUGCCAAGAUCCAAGCCUUCGUCCGCAACACCAAUCUACUGGAGCCCAAGCAGGCCGCAAUGAGGGAGGAGUGCCUUAGAUUGUGGGGGAUACCAGGGGAUACAAGGUCUACCCCCAAACUACCAGAUCCGAUGACCAAGUUUAAUCAGCUAAAUAAGGAUGACAGCAGUGAGUACUUCCACCAGUCGCCCACUGUACUGGACAGGGAGAGCCUGGGUAGGAGUAUCCGCAGUAUCUUUGACUAUCGCUGUAUGGUGUCUGGUGGAGACAGGGUCUUCAUUAUCGGCAUCGGGAGAUCGCAUGUGUUCCAGUGGAACGGCAGGCCAACCAGCAAGUGGACCAAACUACAGAUGUGUAACCUCAGGCUACCAGGAGACACGCUGUUUGAGGCAGAGAUUGUGGAGGAGCUACGGGGAGAGGGCUACGGUCAGAGAAGGUCGUACGCCUUGCACAUGUUGGAUGCCAUGUGGCUUGGAGGUGAGGACGUCAGGCAACUUCAUUUCACUGAAAGGAUCAGCAAGGCAGAGUUGUUUGUGAAGGCCAUUCAUAAGCCUACCAAGCCUGACCUGACACCGCUCCGAGUCAAAGAAGUCUUCAGGUUUGAGGAGAUCCACAAGAUCUUUGAUAGACUCGAGUUCAAGCAAGUCAAAGGGUCGGGAAGACAUCAGCGGCUGUGCUUCCGAACCAACACAGACCGGCAUUUCAUUCCUACGGGCGUCUGCCUGGUGAAAACUACCAAUGAUCCAUGGACGAUGCACUGGAGUCGGACCAACCAGAGGAAAUAUUUCCACAAUGCUAGCACUCGGGAGUCGACGUUUGACUGUCCUCCUGAUUGCAUUGCAUCAUUCAAAGCUUGCCAUCUGAAUCGACUUCAGUGGGUGUGGGAAGAGGGAGUUCAAAUCCAUGAACGCCAGAUGCAAUAUGACCAAGAGAAACUCUCCAAAGACGACGUGCUGGAUCUGGUGAACAGGCAACGCAUGGUAUGAACAUAAGGAGCUCUCACAUCAGCUGCCUGACAAUCACCGGUUACAACGCGGGCCCCUGGUAGGUUGGAGAAAUCUCUUAAGGAUCCAUUUGAGACUGGCCCAAUGGAAACCCAAAUUUACGAAGCAGAUACGAAUCCACAGGAGAGCAGUAAUCAUCUCUCGGGAGUAGCUCUCUGUGGAUGCUGUGUGAGUCUACAAAUGCCUCUUCAAGAAAUGUCCUAUGCUGUGGCCUGUCAACAAGAGCAAUAGAAAGGAACUCAUUAACCCCUUCACGACGGGAUGAUUUUGACCGCGACUGCUGGGCUGUGGUAUGCCCUGAAUGGAGGGCUUUGUCCAGCAGCAAGGCCCAUUGAACCAGUAGCUACAUGGUGAAUAGACUGUAUGUGUGGUAGGCACUAAUGCUCACACAAAGAUGCUGUAGUAGCAGUCCUCCGUAGCGAAGGGAUUAAUCAUAAGCAGUAGAUCUGUAGUAGGAAAAAUCACCAAGGACGCAAUGUGACACAUUGUUGAUUGAAUGAACAUCGCUUUCUAGUGAAAAGUGGAGUGUUCAGAAUCUGUCUUGAGCAGAAGCAACCUCCAUGGGUUGAAGAGAGCCGUGUUGGUGGAGAGUGUUCAGUGGCUACAUCCCACUCUGUUGUCUAGAGCUAGGUCUAGGCUCCAUUGGAAAUAUGCAGGGACACGCUAACAAUGAUGGACGUAGCCAUAGCUCUGAAAGGUCAUUUUGGAGAUGGCUAGUUAAUAUCCUGUCCUCUACCUGGUUUCUACUGCAGUAUUAUUGAUACACAGGGGCACGUGAAAUAGAAUAGGAAUCAAUCAGUGCACAUCCUCCGGUAUAACAUGCAUUAAAUAAAUAAGAAGUACGUUCAUAAAUCAAGUUCCCAACAAAGGAGCCAAGAUUACCAAGGAAAUUGCGCCCUCUUUUGGUUCCACUUGGGGCAGACAGGUCGUAGUACAUCACUACUGUGACCUUGCUAUUUAUGCUGGAUGGUGUGGGUAGUGCACGUGUCAACAGCCAUCCCAGCUGUCACACCAAGAGAGGUACAAACCAAAUGUCCUAGACUCAGUUCUCAACAGGGUGUUUCUCUCAGAUUUGUGAAUCAUGUAUUACCAGCCGUUGCCAGCCGAUUUGAUAUUCUUAGAAAGAAUUCAGGAACUUUCAUUCAUCAAAAGCCCAGCUGUGGGCAACACCCACUGAUUUUUUCCCAAUCCUUGUAAAAAUCCACAGGUCCAUUUUUUUCGAAUGGCAAACUUAUAUGCCUGGAAGUCAUUAGCUGUGGUGGACAAAACAAACUUAAAGUUGCAGACUGUCAAACUCUCUGGAACCUGAUUUUGAUGGAGAAAAAUUCAUCUUAACUACAUUUAAACAAAUUUCUGUUGACAUCUGUAAUCUCAGCUUUUAAAUCGGAAAGAUACUUUCAUUUAAUAAUAUGGAUACCAAUAUUUUGUCCACAUUUGUACAUUUUGUGUAAAUUGGCCAUGCGAGAAGUACACAGAUUUCAUUCACUGCAAGUUGUCUGUGAUAACUCUCCCCAUUUGACGGUGUACACCAUGACUGACUUACAUCAGAGGGAGUGAUAUCCUUUAUGUUAAUUUUUCAGCUUAGAAGGUCAUCACUCAACUUCCACUUAACACCGCUAAGCUGAAUUGGUCACACUUGAUGAUAAAGCGGUGCUCUGAAUGUUUGACUUGCAUGUUUUCCCCGCAUGACAAAUGGUUGCGAGUUGCCGAGUCUUGUGCAUCAGUGCUGUAUUGAAAUGAAGCUCCUUAUGUAAAAUCUUGCCAUUUGGGGGUGUCAAUUUCUGAAAAUUGAACAUAAACAUUGUGUACAUGGUUGUAGUCUGCAGAAUAUAUUGUACAUCAUACAUAUGCAUGAAGGACGUCAAAUCAGUUAGCUAUAUCUAAGAACACACAUACUGACGAUGGGGCUGUUUCUCCACCUCAUUUUUUUUUUCAAACAUUUCAAACUUCUGCUUGAAGCCGGCGUUAUAGUAAUCUUGUCCACAGCUCUGAGGGAAAAAUGACCCUGCAACCUCUUUUUGGACUAUUUUUAGUCCUGGAAAAUUUAAAUCACAAUAAAAAGAAGAGAUUUCAGGGUUUUGAGGAUGGUUGCAAUUGCAAGUCUACAGGCACUGUUCUGCAUCAGAAAUUGCCAAGCUGCCCACGUGUGGCAAACUUCACUUCCCAAAUGUCAGGCUUCCUACAGCAGUUUCCUUGUAUCAUAAUUUCUGAGUGUACUGCAAAAUGGCAUACAAGACAGUUUCAUUUUUGUGCCUCCGGCCGUCAAUUUGCAUUAACGCUGAAAUUGUCCGCUUUUCUAUUCCAUGUUGGUUCACAACUCCCUCCCCCCCAAAAAAAAAAGAUGGAGAAGUGAUCAUGUAUCAUAUUUGACGUUAAAAUUUCACUUGUUCCAUUACGCCUUUUUCUAUGGUGUAGUAUACACAAGACAGCAAAAGAAACUUGCCACUUCAACUCGCUUCUGUCAAAGGCCACACAUAAAAAUUCACUCCAUAGA